CCAUAAAGCCAUCAGAGGAGUUGGCAGCGCGCCACAGGCGAAUAGUGACAGAAACGAAGCCCGUGAGUCAGCGGUACGCGGAACCUGUGUGCGGCGGCGCGAUCGAUAGACACUGCACCCCGCGCGCCGCCCCCGCCUGCACCUGCCGCCACCACACAGCCCGGCUCCUCGCCGCCGCCGACACACCACAAAAACACGAGAAAAUUCCUAAUAAUCAACGGCAACAUUAAACAGUGCUUUGAUCCAAGUCAAUUUUAGUAUUUACCCAUAACCAGUUCAGUGGUUCAAGGUCGGGACGGUCGACGACCCCGGUUAAGUUUAGGUGAAACGUCUACCUCAUACAGUAUCGGCUGGAACGCCGCUGUUAUUAUUUGUGUUCAUCUGUGAAAUUUUAUUUUUAAUUAUUACGUGUAGUGGGCAAGGUCGUGGUGCGUUUGCUGUGCACAAAUGUUGAAUCUUUAUCAUUGGAGGCACGCGCGUGCUCCGCGGCGGUACACAACAAAGGCGGUUGCGCCAGUCGCUCUUCGCUGACUUGCUACUCCCUCGGUCCGUGGAUGUGAUUGAGUCUGGUCUGCAGCCAUGGCGUCUAAAGUCCUGGUGCCAGCUGCCCCGUUCACGAAGCUCCAAGUGAAGAAGUCAGCUCCGGAGCCGACAGGCGGCGGGUUCAUCAUUGGAGGUGACCCGGUCGCCAGAGUCGCCCACCUGGAGCACAGCGUCAGGUUCCUACAGGAACAGCACCGGCAGAUGCUGAGCGGUCUACAUGCGGAAAUCGAAGCCUUGAGAGAGAGGAACAGAGAUUUGCAGUUCCAGUUGAUAUUCAACAAGGAAUCGUCACCUAAAGCUACUUCUCCACCAGCUGAAGAAAACACCGAAAACAAUGAGGCUAAGCUGAAGCGCGAGGUGACUCGCCUGGAGCAAGAGGCGUCCGCUGCCCGCAGCGAGGCGAAGGCUGCAGAAGCCCGAGCGCUGCAACUGCAGCUGCUCGUAGACGCGCAAACUGAAAAGCUGCGUGCGCUGGAGGUGUGUUCGUGCGGCGCGGGCGAGGGCGCGUGUGCGCCGGAGAGCCGCGCGGAGCUGCGCGCGCGGCUGGGCGAGGCGGAGCGCCUGGUGCGCCGCCUGCGCGCCGACGCCGAGCGCCAGCGCAGAGAGUUACAGUGUAUGAAAAAUUCCCUGCACGCCAGUUUGCGCGCCAGCGGGCUGGACGCGUACGGGUAUCAGAACAACUACCACUUCCCACCAGUACACACGCCUGACUUCUGGCGAGAGCCGCUCAGAGACGACUUCAACAUGGUGGGUUCAAGAGGGCGAAGCACCCGGCGGCCACUAACACUGCCGGAACUUUCCGGACAACAGAUGCACCGCUCUACCAUCUAUGCUAAUAAUCAUACUCGUGAUCCGCGUCCGAGAGCCAAUGGAUACGACAAGAACAAAAAGCCGCCGGCCACUAACGGAGACGCUACCGCCACUACUACUAGCACCACCCCUAAGACUCCAGAAGAACCCUCAGAAAGCCGAUUUAGAUCAGUGAACGCGAGCGAUUUAUCGAAACACGAACAUUUUAAUAUGAACUCAAAAGCCACGUAUCCAGAGUUGAAAAUAGUUGUGACAAAAUUAAUAUCACACAGUCAGGUGAGCGGCGCCAGCACAGACGCGGGGCGCGGCCGCGCGCGCCGGCACCACCACCGCAAGCACGCACCCGACCACACGUAGGGGGGGGGGGGGGGCACACACACACACACACACACACACACGACCAUCGCACUCGUAUCGCUGCAGCCUCGCGGACACCGGCCACUCUGUCCAACCGUCGACCCUGUACUGGGUUCAU